GGUUAAACGCGAGCGGAGAAGGCGGCCCUUUCCGGCCUGGCUGUGGAGGGACUUGUGUAAGUUGAAGGACGUCACCUGCGGAAUUUGUGGUUCUGACGAGAUUGGAAUCAUGGCAGGUCCAGAAGUCGAUGCCCAAUACCAGUUCACUGGCAUCAAAAAAUAUUUCAACUCUUACACCCUCACAGGUAGAAUGAAUUGUGUCCUGGCCACAUAUGGAGGCAUUGCUCUGACGAUCUUGUAUUUCAAGUUAAGGUCUAAAAAAACAAAAACACCAGCUGUAAAAGCAACAUAAAUAUGUUGGGGAUCAAACCGAGGGCAUCGUGCAUACUAGCAUUGGACUUCAUCUGUCAAGUUCCCGUGCCUGGAGGAGCUAAUGUCACACAUCAUGUAAUACUCAGUUUGUACAAUAAAUUAUGAACCUGGAAAA